CCAUCCCCUCCAUCAGGAUCAAAACAAAUAAUCGUUUGAAGAUGAUAUCAACAUUCAGUACAAUGUCAUCGACGUGUCAAUAAGUACAACGGUUCUAUUCUAUUCGUUCAACGUUUUAUUAAUUAAAAAAUUGUAAUUUUUCAUUAUACGUGUCGAUUUAUCCAUCCAAUAACUGUGCAGGUAAAAUGAUUAUACACUCAACGUGUUGAUCCAUGCCGAUCUUUCAACAUCAUUGAUCCAUGGCUUCACCGUCUCCGAAAGGAAUCGCAAUGGCUAAACGCAAGGCAUCCAAACGAUCUAGAUGCAAACAAUCUUUGCAUCAUUCGCAAGAGAUGCUGUUGCAGAAUUCAGAUUCAACAGAUUCAAUCGUCAGCAUAGGAAAUGACACUCCCUUGAAGAAAAGAAGAGGAUCGAAUGAACAGUUAUUACAGCAACGUUCUCCAGAAUCUGUAUUAUUCGAAUCACCACAGUUAGAAUUGUCCUGCUACGAUGAUCUCAGUCCAGAAAUUGUAACCAAACUUCGACAGAUGAAGCUCGAUCCGAAUGAGUCGGAUAAGAAUGAUGAUAAACAAGAUGAAAUACAAGAGAAGGAAUUAAUGCAUUCGAACCAUUCGUCGAAACGGAAAAUCAAUGAAUCUUCUGAAAAAUGUUUCUCAAUAGAUAAGACUCUAUCGAUCAACGAUGAGAUCAAGGUGGAGAUGAACGAGUGCGAUACAGUGCAAGAAAAUAAAUUGUCGAAAGAGAUUUAUACUUAUGACACUGAUGUUCGUUCCUCAAAAUCAGCCUACGAAUUACCCUGUGGUUACGUCUCGGAACCAGCACCGUUUGGUACUUUUAAUUCAGAAUUGGAGACUCAGAGUCAAGAGUAUCAUUGUUUUUUGGAUGAUUUUAGAUCCACAACCUCUUCCUGCGAGGCUACGGGUCAAUUUGAAGAUGAAAACAAGAGUGGAAAAUGUUAUGAGACGUGGAAUGAACAGAACAGUCAGAGCACUGAUAAAUUUACGAUAGUUAAUGAGAAGGUUCGAGAGGAUUCAGGUGGAAGUCUGAUCACUAACUGGAGCGAAUGCAAAAGAAUCCUCUCAAACCUGCGACGAUUGAACAGUGUUAAAGUACGAACUGGUGCUCAAGAAUGCAUAGCGAAUUUCUUGCCAAAGUCUAAGAGAUGCGACGAAACACGAUCGAUGCAAACAUCCUCUUUAUCUUAUCACACUCCGUCAUCAGUGACGUCGAGUGAAAAUUCUAAUGAAUUCAUUAAUAAACGUCAUUUAGAGGGGAAUGACAACGCCAAUGACAAAGUCGACGAUCGACGGAAAUACGAGGAGAUAAAGAGUACUGUGUCAAAAAUUAGAGCACGUUCGACCACACCCUGCAGUGGUUCACCACCUCCAGCUAAAAGGUGUCGAACCACAUUGAAAUUUGAUGACGAAGAGGGAACGGAACAGUCCCAGAAAGAUGCUGCAACCGUCAAGGUAACUGAUCUAUUACCAGUGGAGAAAAACACAGAAGAGGAACAGAGUUCCUUGUGUCCUAUCCCGAAGACAUCUUGGGGCGGUAGCACUCCAGAUUCACCGACUGCCUCUACGCUUGCUUUGCCUGCUGUCUCGGAUUCUGUGUGUAGUACACGUCUUCAAGAAUGCGAAAGAGGAACUGAAUGUCCCAAAAAGUGUACAUGCCUCAGCUCCAAACGAAACCGUAAAUUACCACGACUUCAAUUUACCAAGAAACCCAUUGCAAAAAUUGUAUUAUUCUGGGUUUGGUUGAUAAAGAAAAUAACAAGCGCAUUAAAAAGAGGUUGCAGCAGCUUGGGACAGAUUGUGUCAUUUUCUUCAACAAGGCGUCAAAUGGAAGAACUCAGUCAGGUGGUAAUAAUGUUACGCUCGGAGAACGAGCAAAUGAUUAACAUGUUCCUGGAGAAAGUCACUCACUUGUCCGAGCAAAUUGCUCAGAUACGUGCAAGCAGCGUAACAGCUAUCGGUGCCUUGACUAACGAGGUCAAUGGCAUACAGGAUAUUAGCAAGAAGCUCGACGGAAGUAACGAGACAUUGAUGCUGGAAUUGAAAAAGUUGCAGGACACCUUAGAGAAUGUCCGAGCAAAAGCUCCACAAGUUCCACCCCCGCCACCACCGCCAAUGCCACCAAUCUUGACACCAUCAUCAUCAUCAUCGAUGAUUGCACCUCUGCUUCCACCACCUCCACCACCUCCGCCACCGCCACCACCACCACCACCACCACCACCACCACCACCACCUCCUCCUUCAUUUUUUCAAUCCCCAGCACAAUCAAGUACACCAAUCACCCCGAGUAGUGGUAGAAAUGUUAGGACGCCUUCUAGAAAGUGUUCGACACCGUUGUUUAACAGACCAGCUAUAACAGUCGAGGAUUUACUGAAGGUGACCCUUAAAAAAGCUCCUCAAAACAUUAAGGAAAAUAGACGGAACACCAUACCAGGACCAAGAGGACCCGUGGUUUCUUUGGACAUGUUACGUAGCGUUAAAUUAAAAUCUGCCAGGCGCAGAUCAAACGAGCGAAUCAUAAGAUCUCCAAGAAGUGCUCGUAUGAUAAAAACUCGAACAUCGAGUCUCAGCUUGUCGCCGAUCGCGACAGGUGCAGAUAAUUUAGGACGAAUCCUGAAACAGGUGGAUCUUCACAGACGCGGCCCUAGGCGUCUAUUAUCUACCACAUCGAGUUUUAAUAAUAUCACGAAAGAUAAUCACUCGCUAAGCGCGACCGCGGAAGAUAACGGUUCGUAAAUUAUAAUUGCGCAAACAUAUUUCACCGAUGAUGGAUGAUUUUAAAAUAAAUAAUUUUAAUUGAUUGACCGGAGCGUAUAAUUUCAACGAAAUAAAUUAUCAUUUUUUGCAAACUGAUUAAUCGUUGUAAAGUGUAAGAAACCAAGUCACAUGAUGUUUCAAUGCAAUUGAGUUUUAUCGCUUAAUUGCGCGAUGAUAUUUUUCUUUCCAAAUUAAAAUUGUAACACGCAGAUUGAAUCUUAGGUGACUCGAUUCGUUACACGACAUUUUAAUUACAAAGAAAGAAACGCUCGACCCAUUUCAUUUCAAUUUCUGAUAAUAAUCAUCGAUAUUUCUUUUAUGACACGAUCUGGAAAAAAAAAAAACAAAUAGAGUUGUAAUUACUUUAUUUAUAGAUUUCACGUGUAUGUCCUGUGUCAUUGUGUAUGAGUGUACGUCUGAGAGAGUGUGUAUCGGUGUUUAUGUAUGUAAUUAUGUGUAGUUUUACAGAAAAAGGUCGUAUCCGGUGUAUUCGCAUUGAUUGUAAUUAGUACAGAGCGUAAGAACGCAUACGAAUUUUGUCAAAAUGAAAAGACAGAUUUAGUCUCAUCCAAAUGACGAUAAAUUUUCGAUAACCGUUGUCUAAUUAAUCGCUCUCGUGAAUUGGGGUCAGCGACAAGAUGGAAUGAUCCGAAGAUAAUUAUAGAGAUACAACUAAUAUUUAUAGUACAGAGACAAGAGCAGAAGUAUUAGUACAUCUAGAGAGAUGGAAACAAUAGAUGUUAAUUUCUUUUCGUUUCUUCGCUUUUUCUUUUUCAUUCUAUAAAAAAAUGGACUAAGCACGCACAACAAUACCGAAUAAAAGGAUAAAAAGCGGUCUCAAUCGAUACACCGAUCAUCUAUCUUCCGUUUAAUAAUUCUACGAGAAACUCAUCAAUGAUCAUCAAUGACUAUCUACGAUUUUAUUUAUUCGGGAACACACUACUCUUCUGUUAUUUUGUUUUCUUGCCAUUUAAUGAGUCACACGCUAUAUCAUCGACGAAUAAUAAAUUGUUAUCGCGUUGGGCUACUUCAAUCUUGUUAUCUUUUUAGCUCUUUUUUUCUGUUAAUUCAUCGUGUAAGCAAGUAAUUGGAUUUGAGGUAUCUCACAGUUUUAUCGUCGUUUGGAAUUCAC